GCCAUUCGUGGGCAGUUGGCCGCAGAAAGAUCAUUCAGCAGGUGACUGUCUUCAGUAUCCAGCAGAUUGUCCAUCGAGGUAGAUCGCGAAUCUCUUGGCCCAGGAAGGCAUCGCCGUGGAAAUAAUGUGAGAAAUCUCCCUCAAUAGAUUUCUCCGCGACUUUAUAUUCUGUGUGAUACCUCCCUUGAGGAAUAUUUCUCCAAUUUAUAUUGACAAAAAAUCACUCGAGAGCAAUUUUCCGUGUCUGUUUGUGAUAUAUAUAUUACGUUAGAAAGUGCUAAGAACGGUGCAAAAGCUUUCUCUCCACCUUGUGAUUCUCAGUGGAAAAAUAUCAUAGAUAUCGAUAUGGAGAGCAUUUUAGCUAUUUAUGGAAUUCUCCUCUGUGUCAUUAGCAUAUCAGUGGCCAUACCAGAUAUUCCAUUGCCGAUCUUUGCUUUGCCAGCUGGUAGUUUGGGUCCGGUGAACAGGACACAGGAUCGUCAGAAGGCAGCAGAAGUACCUCAAUAUUCCAACAGCUACCUUCCAGCCCUUAUGCAAUGCCUGCAGCAUUACACGGAACUGAUGCAGUAUGAGCCUCUGCAUCCGCCACAGAGAACCACAACCACUCAGCGCCCCACGACCAGCCACACCACCACCCAGAAAUCCACACGGAGGACCACCAAAUGGCCCUCCUGGUCUCCACAAACCACAACGCCGUCAGCUCCCCAGGACACUACACCUCCCCAUCAACCAGGAUAUUACAGUCCUCAACGCCCACCACAACCUCAAACGACCAACAUAAGGCCUCAACUGGCACUGCAGAAACCCGAACAAACUUUCUAUCGGCCCAGUCAGACUCCCAUUCGUCCAGCCAGUGGACCACAUUCCUCCAGUAAUAUCGAUACUAAUAAGCAGUUCUUCUCCUGGUUCUUCCAGGAUAAAUCGAAGAGGCUGCAGCCGAAUUUAGAGUACGAUCUGCAGCUUCUCGACCCACUUCCGAAAGCUCUGCUACAGGAUAUUGAGCAAGAGUCACCGGAUCUGCCAGCUCUCCUCGAUGAAGACAAUGUCAAUGAGUUUCUGAAAAUGUAUGAUGACCACUUUGCCAGGAAUAUCGCAACAACUGGAAGGAAAAAGGUGCCACCAACGAAACCCUACGUAGAGAUGGUUGUGCUGUAUGACCUCCUGAAAAGGGAAGCCAAAACUCUCAUGCUCAAUAAAUUUUCGGGCUACUCUGAGGAAAUGCUGCGGGAGCUUCAGAUGACAUCCCAGUGGACAGGUGACAAGCAGUUGCACUUCGUCCUCAGCAAAGCAUUGGAACGAAAGGACGUUACGAGAUCGGAUAUUAUGGCUCGUCUCAAGUCCAUGAUAAAAGAUCUGGAAAAUCCCCAUAACAUCACGACAAAAACCAUAAGUCAAAUCCCGCCACUUCAGUUUGCACCGUGAGAGAUAUUUUUUUUACUGUGUAUGCAAUUUUAAUUAAAUCUAAAUAAAAAUGUUGCA